AUGGAUACGAUACCACUGCUUCCAGACUCCUGGUCGCCAACACCGGUUGAAGUUGUAGAUGAUAUAGUUGGCUUCUUGAUACAGAACCCAGAAAGAAGCUUUGCUGAAGUCGUCAAUCCUAAUGUUGGAUCCGGACUUGGGGGGUUAGGUAUAGACCGGGGAGAUACGGUAGUGAAGCUUUCUGUUACUGGAAACCCCUUCUAUGCUAGUCUCGAUGCUGAUUUUCAAUUCGAACGAAACAUACGAAUAGGGGUUCCGCAGGAUCAGAAAGACGUACUGGGACUCGAGGCAGGGAUGGUGGGGAUUUCUCCUAGUAGGAUUAUCCUACAUCACAAUCCCAAAAUUGGAUAUGAAUCUCGAGAGACAAUAAAGGAUGCAGGGUCUCACACAACAGGGUCUAGAGAACUACGAACACGGGCUCAUUUAGAGCUCACACCCAUGAACAUCAGAGGAACCAGGGACCCGCAGAGAACUGGAGGCGGCAUUGGUGAAGCUGUCAUGGGAGGUUUUUCGAGGGCUGCUCCGGAGUUUGGUACUCAGGUUUCGGGCAUGUUUGAUACUUCCGACAACUUGACCCUAAAUGACCAGGUAGAUAGUCAUGUCCGUUUAGCACUUUUUAAAAGAAAGCCAGAGCAUGACUAUAGAACCCAUUGGCAGACAGAAGAUGAAGGCGAGGGGCAAGUUGACAAUGGCAAUUGUAAAGAGGAUGAGAAGGAAGAUGAGGAGGAAAUCGCCCCAGCCAAAUUAAGGAAUAAAACACCUCUACCGUCAGCGCCCCGCUUAGAGAGGCUCAAGAUUAGUCUUGGUGAAGAGAUUGCAGACUCCAAAGGCUACUUAGAGGGCUGUUUGGUUUACGACGACUUUGGAAGGAAAGUUAUGGGAUACAAGCUGGAUCCAUUCUAA